AGAAAGAGGUUUACUUCUGGACCAGGGGACUGCUAUGAAGAGAGGAACUCACCCAGAACCAGAUGCUUCAGGAAAUGGUGUUUGCACCAGUUAUUCCUGACUUCACCACCUGCAAUUGAAACACCAUUGGCAGCAUAAAGAGGAGGCAACUUUAGGAAAUGUAUUUCAUUAGUAGAAGGAAACUUGGUCAAGUGUGGUAUAAAUCCUUUUGCAAUCCAGGUCCUGAACUCUCCAGAGGCUUUUCUUGCUCUUCUGGUUAAAUCAGGCUAUAAAAGCAGUGCCCUCUGCUGCCCAGGACCGAGAGUGCUGGGCUAAGGGAUGCUAACCCAAACUCACAUGAGCAGCCUUCAGAGUGCUGUGCUAUUUCACAUGGGUACUGCUUCUCUCUAAUACAUGUGUUUGCAGGAAUUCAAACAAGUUAGUUUCCCUCUUGCUGUUGGAGGUGACUAUUUGUAUUCACCAUUGUAGCACUUACGUUCUUUGAGCUCAGAUCAAAGGUGAUCAAAGGGUUUUUAGAUGGUCACUGUUUAUCUGAAUUGGAGGUUUCAUAAGCAGCAUAAAGAAAUUAUUUGCUCUGCACUGGUAGAUCAAUGGCCUCCAUGAGCUUUGCAAAGUGAAAUUCCAUACUGCAUUUCUCUUCCAGUGUAUCUUCUGUGACAGCUUUCUAUGAGCUUUACACAACUGCUGCCACACCGGAGCUGGAAGGACUGAUCCCAAUGUGAAAGAGCAGCUUUUUAUGAGUUCAGCUCCUUCCCUGGUCACUCUGGGAAGUAGAAGUUGUGCUAGAACAACACUGAACAGCACUGAGAUGCUCAGGGCAAAUCAGCCAAGUUGUUGGGAAGUGACUUGGCAUUGCAGGGGUUUAGACCUUUGUACAAUGGGCGAGACUGAGAGGAAGCUGUGGAAUGUUCUGGAGUAGUCUAGAGUGCUUAUGGGGAGCUGGAGAUGGUGUAAAAGAAAGCUCAUGGGGAAAAAAAUAUAAUUUGAGCAUAGUUAGACAUAAAAACUCCCUUAGGAAGUAUCUUAUAGAUAGCCCAUGGCCAUCCAGAGUUUGGAACACCAGCAAUAAUGUUUGAGGACGUCUUUUGUUCAGACAUCAGUGUUCUGAGAUCAGUGAAUUACUCUACUAUUCUCAGAGCUUUGAAAGACAUGUAGAUUCAAAUCAAAAUCCCAUCUGAGUAGAAUGCAGAUGACAAUUUCUUUUCCUGAGCUCCUUACUAUGUUCCCCAGCUGUGUUUACUUCCUGCCCUGAACUAUGUAGCAUGGCUAUAUGUGAAAUGACAUCCUUGCCUAUGAAGAGCCCAUUUGUGUCAGACCUGCUGGUUAUCUUCACGCAAGGAGAAGGGAUUGUGACGGCCCUAGUAUUUAUAUGGUUUCUGUAGGAUGCUUCUGAAUGUGAAGAGAUGCAGCACUGCUGCCCCACUUGCACUCAGGACUGUGAUGAUCCACUCCUGAGAAUGUCCUGGUCAGAGGAGCCUGUACUGUCCCUUCUGCAGAACUGCUAGCUUCUGUUUUCAGAAGAAUGGUUAGCUGGAAGGCACCAGAUUUAUUCUUUUGGGUUAAAUAAAAUGCAUUUCUUGAGACUAGCAAUAAUAUUUUAAAUUACUUAUCUGCAUAAUGGCCAUUUUUUCCAAAUAGAAGUGAGAUAUUACUGAUUACUACAAAUAAUGUCAAUUUUUUAGGCUCUUGCAGGCUUUCCCAAUGCAGAUUUCUAGUACCUCUCUUAUUAAUUACAACUGAUCUUUUGGAGAAGGAAAGAGGACAUGAGAUGAAUUUGAGCUGGAACUUUGGUCUCAUUCUCUGUUAAAUCUCUGUGCUCAGUUUCAAGAGAUGCCACUCAGCAGGACUGCCUGCUUUUAGCAGACACAUGAGUUAGAACCUGUACUGACCUGCCAGGCUCUGUGCACAGCAGAGUCUUUGAUAAAACUAUCUCCUAGCACAGGCUCAUUGUUUCCAGCUCCAGGGAGAAUCAGAAAUUGCACAUUUCAGAGCUGCCUAAGUGUCAGUGUCAGGAUGUCAGACUGACAGUGAUGAUUAUGCCCCAAGGAGAGGAAGACAGAUGGGUCUAACAUCGCAGCAGACUGUGGCUGUCUAGUUUCAUAUGCUCAGUUUAUGGCCAAGGGGCAAUCAAUUUUAGCCAAGGCAAUUAAUUUAUUUAAAUACAACUUGACAUUUGGCUAAAAUUGUUCUGUUUGAGUCCUCUCCAUAAGGAAAGGUGCCUGGGAAAGCACCCAAGACAGCUGGUCUCAGUGAUUAGGACCAGAUGAUGCAGAAGGAUGCAUGCCCCCUUUAGAGGACACAUGCUUACUGCUUCCAGCUUGAUCUACAAUGGAAGGAGGGACUAUCUCACAGUUGUACACACAGGAGGGCUGGACUUAUCAACACCAUUUACUCCUGCUGUGCAGCACAAUGGCUGCGUUCCCUGUCUUGGAGCAAGAAACAUUAUUCCAGAACAGUACCUGGAGCUAUCGAAUUCCAGCCCUGCUCUACCUGCCACGGUUCAGCAUGAUCCUGGCCUUUGCUGAGGAACGAGAGGACCUGGUGGAUGAACAUGCCAAGCUGAUAGCCAUGCGCAGAGGCGUGUAUGACCCAGCCACGCAGCACGUUCAGUGGAAAAGGAUGGAGACCCUUGUCAGUGCACAGCUGGAGGACCACCGAUCUAUGAAUCCUUGCCCGGUAUAUGAUGAGGUCUCGGGAAAACUCAUCUUGUUCUUCAUAGCUGUCCCAGGAAAGAUCUCUGAGCAGCAUCAGCUGAGGACAAAGAUCAACUUGGUACGUCUCUGCUAUGUCACUAGCAUGGACCAAGGACGCACCUGGAGCACAGCCCAGGAUGUCACCGACAGGACCAUUAGGAAUGAGUACAAGAACUGGGCCACGUUUGCAGUGGGGCCGGGUCAUGGAUUACAAUUGCUCAACGAGGCCCGGAGCCUUGUGAUUCCUGCCUAUGCCUAUCGUAUCUUGGAUUCCAAGCAACACCCCACCCCUCAUGCCUUCUGCUUCAUCAGCUCUGACCAUGGGACAACAUGGGAGAAGGGGAACUUUGUGGGGGAGGAGAGUGCGGUGGAGUGCCAGGUAGCAGAGGUGCAUAGCUGUGGCAGAAAGGUCCUUUAUUGCAAUGCAAGGAGCAACAGGGGAGCCAGGAUCCAGGCUGUCAGCUACAACCAUGGGCUGGACUUUGAGGGAGGCCAGAGGGUUGAGACGCUAAUAGAACCUCCCUCUGGAUGCCAUGGAAGUGUUACUGCCUUUCCACCUCCCCCAAAUGCCAGAUGUCAAGACAGUUGGUUACUCUAUGCUCAUCCUACAGACCCAAGGGGUCGAAAAGAUUUAGGAAUUUACCUCAACAAAAACCCUUUAAAUCCAGGACACUGGACAAAACCCAGCAUACUCUUCAAGGGCCUGUGUGCUUAUUCAGAUCUGCAGUAUAUGGGCACUGGGCCUGAUGGCUCACCUUUGUUCUCCUGCCUUUUUGAAUAUGGGACCCACAGACAAUGUGAAGAGAUUAUUUUUGUCAUGUUCACCUUGAAGCAAGCCUUUCCCUCGGAACACUGAGUCUCAAGCUUUUCCAUCAGCAUCCCUCUAAAAACCAUCUUUGCUGAUGCUUUUUACUGUCAUUUCUUAUCCCUCAGUAAAAGUUUUUUUACUCCUGCUGCACACAUAGUUUGGUGUUGUCUUGUUGUGUCUGUAGGUUGUGAAAUCAAUUAAACAUACCACAACGUAA